AUGCGAAGGGGGGCUUAUAGAAAUAGCGGGCCUAUGGGCUUAUCUCUAAAUGAUACCAUUGUAUCGAAUUCCGGCGAGCAAAUGGAGUGUGAUAUUCAAUCCCAAAAGUCCUGUGAACUUAACAAAUACAGAAGUUUAAUAAUUACAAAUCAUGCUGAGGGUAUGUCCUUAAAAUCGAGUGAGAACAUAACGGCCGAUCGUAGCGGCUCGAGCGGAGACCGCUGGGACCCCGCGGAACGCGGUAGCGGCGGGGGGAAGGACGCAUCGCUCCGAUCGCCGGCACCGACCGAAGCUAACCCGAGCGUAGACGUCAACGCAUUAAAUAAUAUACAGUCGGCGAAUACACUAUCCUUUGCCGAGGUUAUGAAUUCAGACGGCGAAUGGAAAUUGGUUCAGCGGCGGAAGCAUAAUACUAAGAUGUAUAGAUACCUCGAUUGGUUGAAAUAA